AAGCCUGACGCGUUACGCUCUUCCUUCAUGUUUCGGAUGAGUCGUUCUGUCGUCUUCUGAUAGCUAACUUAUUAUUUUGCUGAUCUGACGACUCUAACAACGCCAAAUUAUACUUCUGAUUUCCUCUAAUUAUAAUUUGUGUUUAAUUAUCGUCUGAACACCAUGUCAACUCCUGCCAGACGAAGACUCAUGAGAGAUUUCAAAAGGCUGCAAGAAGAUCCGCCAUCAGGGGUGAGUGGAGCUCCGACGGAUAACAACAUCAUGAUUUGGAAUGCAGUCAUUUUUGGUCCCUACGACACUCCAUUUGAGGAUGGAACCUUCAAACUCAUAAUCGAGUUCAACGAAGAGUACCCGAACAAACCGCCUGUGGUGCGGUUCAUGUCCAAAAUGUUCCAUCCCAACGUCUACGCUGAUGGAGGAAUCUGCCUUGACAUUCUGCAAAACAGAUGGAGCCCCACUUACGACGUUGCUGCCAUCCUCACCUCAAUCCAGAGCUUGCUGGGUGACCCAAACCCGAACUCACCUGCCAACUCCUUGGCCGCUCAACUCUACAAAGAAAACCGCAAGGAAUAUGAAAAGCGAGUGAAAGCGUGUGUCGAACAAAGUUUCAUCGACUGAACUUAAAGGAAGUGAAGGCAGACUUUCCAAUGAUCACUCUGAUACAUAAUAAUCUCACGUUAUUGCUGUAUUUAGUUUUAAGGCGAACUGAGACCUAAACAGACGAUGCACAUAAUCAUAAUAGUAAAGUUGUCAUCUUUAAUUUUUGUGCCUCAUCUGUUCAGCACAUCCUGUUGGCUUAAGAGCUCUCCGGGUCCCAUAAAAGCGCCGAGCGGAUAGCAUGGGGCCCGAGUGUCCGCACAGGAGCUUGGGCCAUCUUUUGGCACUGAUUGUGAGGUCUUUUAUUGAAAAGCCAGACAUUAUUUAUCCCUAUAGUAGAUGGAUAGGUUUGUAAACCAGCAAGUGGAGAGUCGGCACCGGUGCGCUUCGCAGCCCGUUGAGAAUUUCGAGUCACUGACAUAAAAUAUUUCCCACUGCUUUGACCCUAGUGAGAAUGCCUGAACAUUGCGUGGCUUUAGUUCUAAUACAAUCUUUCUUUAACAGGUAGUAACAAUUUGUGCAAUAAUGUGAAUAGAACUUACUGAAGUUAGAUUGAACGUAUCAAGUGUACGUUGAAUAGACAAGACUUAAAUAAACUAGGUGGACUUUUCUCUUAUCUUCAAAUAAAACAAGAAUUUCCAUGUAU